UUUGUUUUUUGCACAUUUUCUUCUCAUGGGCAACAGUGAUGAUGAUGAUGUGCCACCCUUUCCUUUUCCCUCUUAUUCUUGUUUAAGGUUGUUGACCCACUUUUUCUUCAUUUUUCAGUUAGUAUCAACGCAUUGCAUUACAGCUGCUUCAGCCAACUCUAAUAAUUGGGAUGGUGUAAUAGUUACCGAAGCAGACUACCAAUCCCUCCAAGCCUUCAAACACGAACUGGUCGACCCAAAAGGUUUCUUAAGAAGCUGGAACGACACCGCCGCAAAUGGCGCUUGCUCCGGCAGUUGGCUCGGCAUCAAAUGCGCCCAGGGCCAAGUUAUUGUCAUCCAGCUUCCAUGGCGCGGUUUAGGCGGCCGCAUCACCGAAAAGAUAGGCCAAUUUCAAGCUCUUCGAAAACUCAGCCUCCACGACAAUCUCAUCGGCGGUCCUAUCCCCACUUCUCUGGGUUUCUUACCCAAUCUCAGAGGCCUUCAGUUGUUCAACAACAGGUUUUCCGGCUCAAUUCCUCCUUCACUUGGCUCUUGUCCUCUCCUUCAAACACUUGACCUUGCUCGCAAUUCCUUGUCCGGUUCAAUACCACCUAGUUUGGUCAACUCAACUAAGCUUUUUAGGCUCAAUGUUAGCUACAAUUCUUUGUCUGGUUCAAUACCAACUAGUUUUACGCAUUCUCCAUCACUUGUGUUUCUUGCCCUCGAAAACAACUCCCUUUCUGGGGUUGUUCCGGAUUCUUUUGGCAACUUGGCUUUACUUCAACAUCUCUCACUUGCCCAUAACCAAUUCAGUGGAUUCAUUCCUAGUGAUAUUGGUAAUCUCACUGCUCUCAUAACACUUGAUUUAUCGGGUAAUUCCUUCAAUGGGAGCUUGCCUGAUGCUCUCUCUAAUCUCCGUAACCUUUCCGUGCUUAAUUUGAGCAACAACCGAUUCGAGUCUCGAGUUCCAGCUACAAUUGGUGAUAUUUCAUCACUUAGGGAGAUUGAUUUGUCUCACAACAAUUUCAGUGGAGAAAUUCCAAAUUCUCUUGGUGAAUUGACGAGUCUUGAUUCCUUCAACGUCUCGUACAACAACCUCUCGGGCCCUGUCCCGACAAAUCUUUCCCGAAAAUUCAACUCGAGUGCCUUUAUAGGCAAUCUUCAGCUUUGCGGAUACAGUGAUUCAACCCCGUGUCCUAAUGCAUUAUCACCCACUCAAUCACCGAAAAAGAGAGGCCGGAAAUUGAGUACUAAAGACGUUAUCCUAAUUGCAGCAGGGAUUCUGCUUAUCAUACUGCUGGUUAUUUGUUGCAUUUUGCUGUGCUGUUUGAUAAGGAAAAGAAAAACGGCGAAAGAAGCUAAGGCGGGCGGUGUUGAAGCGAGAGGCGAAAAGGGUAUUCCACCAACCGCAGGCGAAGUGGAAGCAAGUGGUGGUGGUGAUGGUGGAGAAACGGGAGGGAAGCUAGUGCACUUUGAUGGACCAUUGAUGUUUAGUGCAGAUGAUCUCUUGUGUGCAACUGCAGAGAUAAUGGGCAAAAGCACUUACGGUACGGUGUACAAGGCUACAAUGGAAGAUGGCAUUCAAGUUGCUGUUAAGAGAUUAAGAGAAAAGAUAACCAAAGGACAGAGAGAAUUCGAAACCGAGGUCAAUGUACUUGGCAAGAUUAGGCACCCCAAUCUUCUUGCCCUCAGAGCUUAUUAUUUAGGCCCAAAGGGCGAAAAGCUUCUUGUUUUCGACUACAUGCCUAAAGGCAGUCUUGCCACUUUUCUUCAUGCUCGGGCACCCGAUACACCGAUUGAUUGGUCGACAAGGAUGAAGAUAACCAAAGGGAUGACAAGAGGGCUGCUCUACCUUCACAAGAAUGUGAAUAUAAUCCAUGGUAAUCUUACAUCAAGCAAUGUCCUUAUCGACGAACACACAAAUGCAAAGAUUGCAGAUUACGGGCUUUCAAAACUGAUGACAGCAGCUGCAAAUGCAAAUGUGAUAGCGACAGCUGGCGCUCUAGGAUACCGUGCACCGGAGCUAUCAAAGCUGAAGAAAGCGACGACAAAGACAGACGUAUACAGCCUUGGAGUGAUCAUAUUAGAACUACUAACAGGAAAGUCACCGGGUGAAGAAGGCGGUGUUGAUCUUCCGCAGUGGGUUGCGUCGAUUGUGAAGGAGGAGUGGACAAAUGAAGUGUUUGAUUUGGAGCUGAUGAGGGAUGCUUCGGUAAUUGGUGAUGAAUUGUUGAAUACGUUGAAACUGGCUUUGCACUGUGUCGAUCCUUCGCCUUCGGUUCGACCCGAAGCUUAUCAGAUACUUGAGCAACUUGAAGAGAUUAGACCGGGAACAGCUCACCCGAGCUCAGGUGAUGAUGAUGCUGCUGGGCAAAUUCUAUCACCUAGUGAUUAAGUUUGAUUAAUUAAUGUAUUAGGCUAGCUGGUAGUGAUUAAAUUCCACUAUUCUUUCAUUCUUGAAAUUUUAAUGGCGUGCUGUUUUUUCUUUUUUUUUUUUUCUUUUUCUUUUGUUGUUGUAUAUGUAAGUAAAUGUUGUUGGAUUGGCAAUUUUGCAAGGAAAAGGCCAAUCUGUUAUGUAAACAACAGGAUGUGAAUCCUUCUUAAUUCCAUCCAUGUGGCUGUAGGAAAUGAACUCAGAUUGGCAAUUCAUCUACUUAUGUAUUGUUGUAUUAUUUAAAUUUUAAGAGUGUUGCUGA